CCCGCGCCCCCCGCCGCCCCCGCGCCGGCCCCGCCAUGCGCAGGGAGAUGAACGGGGUCACUAAGAGCCGCUUUGAGAUGUUCUCAAACAACGAUGAAGCUGCAAUCAACAAGAAACUGCCCAAAGAGCUGCUGCUUCGAAUUUUCUCUUUCCUGGAUGUGGUCACUCUGUGUCGUUGUGCUCAAGUUUCCAGGGCAUGGAAUGUUCUGGCCCUGGAUGGCAGUAACUGGCAGCGAAUUGACCUGUUUGAUUUCCAGAGGGAUAUUGAGGGCCGGGUGGUGGAGAACAUCUCCAAGAGAUGUGGGGGAUUCCUGCGGAAGCUGAGCCUGCGCGGCUGCCAGGGAGUGGGGGACAACGCCUUAAGGACCUUUGCCCAGAACUGCAGGAACAUCGAAGUGUUGAACCUCAAUGGUUGCACCAAGAUCACGGACGCCACCUGCACCAGCCUCAGCAAGUUCUGCUCCAAACUCAGGCACCUGGAUUUGGCUUCUUGCACCUCCAUCACCAACCUGUCCCUGAAAGCACUCAGCGAGGGAUGCCCGCUGCUGGAACAGCUCAUCAUCUCCUGGUGUGACCAAGUGACCAAGGAUGGGAUCCAGGCGCUGGUGCGGGGCUGCGGGGGGCUCCGGGCCCUGUCCCUCAAGGGCUGCACCCAGCUGGAGGACGAGGCCCUCAAGUUCAUUGGUGCCCACUGUCCUGAGCUGGUGACCCUGAACCUGCAGACCUGCCUGCAAAUCACAGAUGAUGGGCUCAUCACCAUCUGCAGGGGCUGCCACAAGCUGCAGUCCCUGUGUGCUUCUGGCUGCUCCAACAUCACUGAUGCCAUCCUCAACGCCCUGGGACAGAACUGCCCACGCCUCCGAAUAUUGGAAGUGGCGCGGUGUUCGCAGCUGACCGACGUGGGCUUCACCACCCUGGCCAGGAAUUGCCAUGAGCUUGAAAAAAUGGAUCUGGAAGAGUGUGUCCAGAUUACAGACAGCACACUAAUCCAGCUUUCCAUACACUGUCCACGGCUGCAGGUCCUGAGUUUAUCCCACUGCGAGCUGAUCACGGACGAUGGCAUCCGUCACCUGGGCAACGGCGCCUGCGCCCACGACCGGCUGGAGGUGAUCGAGCUGGACAACUGCCCCCUGAUCACCGACGCCUCCCUGGAGCACCUCAAGAGCUGCCACAGCCUCGAGAGGAUAGAACUGUACGACUGCCAGCAGAUCACGCGGGCCGGGAUCAAGAGACUCAGGACCCACCUGCCCAACAUCAAAGUCCACGCCUACUUCGCCCCGGUGACCCCCCCGCCGUCGGUGGGCGGCAGCCGGCAGCGCUUCUGCAGAUGCUGCAUCAUCCUAUGACACCGGAUGGGGCUGGAAGCGCGCCCGGGGACCCCCGGAUCUCCAGAACCUUGGAGGAGAAGCGCCCCCAGCGAGCAGGGCUGGGCUGCCCCCCACACACCCCCGUGAUCCCGGCGGGACGAGGGAGCAGGGCCCGAUCCAGGGGAGGGCUCCCAGCCUGCAGGGACCGGGGCUGCUGCUGCUGCUGCUGCUGAGGGUGGGAAAGGAGCCGGGAGGUGCUUGGAGUGGGGAGAGGGGAGAGGAGAGGAACACGCUGAACGCCCUUGUGCAGAGGGAAAAACCCCAGCAAACGUGAGAACUCAAGCAAGAUCUGAAAUCCCCAGCAAAUCUGAGAAGCCCAACAAAACCUGAGAGCCACAACAAAACCUGGAAACCCAGACAAAGCAGGAAAACUUAAACAAAAUUUAAAAACCCGAACAAAACCUGAAAACCCAAACAAAAACCCGAAAACUCAAACAAAACCUGAGAACCCCAACAAACCUGGAAACCCAAACAAAACCUGGAAACCCCAACAAAACUUGAGAACCCCAACAAAACCUGGAAACCCCAACAAAAUCUGAAAACUCAAACAAAACAUGAAAAUCCCAACAAAUCUGAAAACCCCAACGAGUUCCAUGUCCGUUUGUCAGUAAGGGAAUGAAACACCAGCUGCUGAGCCAGGAUUUCCCUGGGAUCCAGGAUUUCCCUCUGGGAUCCAGAAUUUCCCUGUGGUUCAGGAUUUCCCUGGGAUCCAGGAUUUCCCUCUGGGAUCCAGAAUUUCCCUGGGAUCCAGGAUUUCCCUCUGGGAUCCAGGAUUUCCCUGUGGUUCAGGAUUUCCCUGGGAUCCAGGAUUUCCCCUGUGCUUCCCUGCUCCCACCUGAGCACGCUCACGAUUGUUGUGAUGGACCUUGGAAUUUCUAAUUCCACAUAUUUUACCCUCCCCAAAUCCUGCCUUUUUUUUUUUUUUUUUUAAAGGCUUUUGCCCAAAUUUUUCUUCCAAAUUCAGUCAUUUAUUGAGAUUUCCCAGCAAAUCCAUUAGGAAUUUUUUCCCAGGAGAAGCCUGAGCCUGUGAUGAGCUGUCAGGAAGAUUUGAAAGGAGCACAGGGAGCUGCACCCCAGGCUGGAUAAUCAGGGAUUGGGUGUCCAAACUCAUCCCAAAUCCAGGUUUUAUCCCAAUGACAAGGACAGAAUCCUCCACACAGGGAAUAAUAUAUAUACAAAUAUAUAAUUCUCAGCACAGGGAGAAAGUCCCAGCCCGUGUUCCAAGGACUGUGAGUUCCCUCCUCCUGUCCCAUCCCUCCAUCCUCCCCCAAGGAAAAGCCAAGUAGAGCUUUUUUGUUUGUUGCCCUGAUGAAGAAAUAAUUAAGGAUUCCCUGAUGGAGCAGGGCUGGGAUCCUCCCUCAGUGCCCGUGGGGGCCCUUCCUGCCCUCCCCACCUGCCCAGGUAAGUGUGGAGCCCUGGAUGGGCUCUGGAUGUGCCAGGCCCAGCUCUGGGGGGGACAGGGAGGCUUUGCUGGCUGCUUUUUUGGGGGGAUGAAAUCCCAGGGUGGAACUGCUGGGCAGAUCCCAAGGGUUGAAGGGACAGGUCUGUGGCUCCGUGUCCGUCGUUCCCGCUGUCUCGGCGCUGUGUUGAAGGGUUUGGCUUCCCCUGGGUGCUGAGGAAUCUCCUGGUGGGGCAGGAGCAGCUGCAGCAGCAGGAGUGGCUGUGUAGGGGCUGGGCAUGGGGGGGGGAUUUUCCCAUUUUCCCACCAGGAAUUCCAAAAGGACAAUGAGCUGUUCCCAGCAGGAGCUGUACCCCUUCAUGUCCCCCAGCCUGGGAGCACCUCCAGGCUGCUGUGGUUAAAAGGACACUGUCAAUGCCCUCCUGUAGGUGGCUUUUAAUCCCUUAUAUUUAUUCAAAUCCUCUUUAGCGCUGUGGAUUCUCCCCCUCUCCUCGGGCGCCUUCGUUUCCAGAACUUUCUCCAGGUUUCAGGGUGGCAGAAGAUGCUGGUGACAGACUGGACGGGCAGAGGGGUCACCCAGCAAUCACAGGAUUUGCACAACUCUGGGAAAAUAAAAUAAAAACAAAACACUUUUUGUUUAGUUCCUACUGUGGCAGGGGAGAGAGAAGAGCGGGAUUUUGGCUGGCUGAUCCCUUUGGAACAGAGCAGAGUUUUCCAGGGAAAACUCCAGAACACAGAACCCAAAGCAAUUUUAUUUUCUGUUUGCAGACCAGGGUGACAGCAUUAAGGUAGCUCAAACUUCUUGACAGUGUCCUUUUAAGUCAAUUAUCCGUCUUCAAAUGGACUCUUCCUGAUGUUUAUAUUUAUAAAUACCAAUAAACACCAUUUUCCAA